UUCCCCAGCCCGCUGCCGCAAAGGACUGUUUACGACAGGGGCUGGCAGUCAGUUUGCGGCAACGGCUUCCGUCUCUGCACCAGUGGCCCCCAUCACCUUGCGCUUCUGGCUGUCGGUGUCUGCUGCCGCCGAGACAGUGAAAAGCUGGAUGGCAAAUCCUUUAAGAAGUGAAGUAAUAAAACUGUAUAAAAACUUGCUGUACCUUGGCAAAGACUAUCCAAAAGGAGAAGACUACUUCAGAGAUCGUCUUAAGGCAGCUUUCAUUAAAAAUAAAGAUGUUACAGAUCCUGAACAAAUCAAGGCAUUAAUAGCUCGAGGAGAGUUUGUGAUAAAGGAACUCGAGGCAUUGUAUUAUCUUAGGAAAUACAGAGCUAUGAAACAACGUUAUUAUGAGAAGAAUGAAUGACCUUAUGAUGGGGGCAACUUUGACACCGCAAUUUGAAGAUAUGCAGAAUGUACCACUUUACAAGUAUGGCUCUGGGAUUUGGUCAAAUUCUCUACAUCUAUAUGCAUGUCUUAAAAUGCUGUUUAAAUUGGUUAAUUAAGAAUGGGACUUUUAAGAAGCCAUUGGUAGGAAGUGUUCAAACAAUAUCUCUGGAAUACAAGUACUAAUGCUGGUCAGUACUCAAUCAGAUUUUGCUAUAUUAGCAUAAUUCGCAUGGAACCUGCUCAAUCAUUGCAACUAAUGGAUAUGCCUGUCAAAAUCCAAACUGAUUUAAGAAUGUUGGCCUUUGAUCAAGAUUAUUGCUGCCCAAUUGUGCCAUGAUAGUAAUAAAAUGAGAUCCAUACUUUUGGGGUAAACCAGUUUUAAAGCGUGCCUUUCAAUUAAUAAGCAAUUACAAUUACAAUGCAAAUUCUGAAAACCAUGCAACAGUUGCAGUUUUAGGCAACUGCAAUGUGUAUUGUAAAAUGAUAAUAAAAACACUGGUGCAAAGAAGUUUGCAGACAAUA